AUGAGUACUGAUAAAUUCCCUGAGUUGGCUACUGGAGCCGUGCUCGUUAAGUCCGAGCCUGUCCCUGAAGACUUUGAAGAAGUAAAGGGAAUAGACUACAGUAAAGACACUGCUUUCAAUAUGAGUGCUACAGACUUAAUAGCUCUGAUGCGUACAAUGGGAUUCCAAGCUUCAAGUGUAAGCAGUGCAUGUGAGAUUAUCAACAACAUGAGAGCUUGGAGAGGUAAGCAUCGUGACGAGCUUCCAGAACAUGAACAAGACAAGGGAGAAUUUGAUGAAGAAGGAUAUCAAAAGCUGACUAUAUUCAUGGGGUUCACAUCUAAUUUAAUUCUGAGUGGGUUGAGAGACACAUUAAGAUUUUUGGUUCAACACAAGAUGGUAAGUGCCAUUGUGGCCACUGCUGGAGGUGUCGAAGAAGAUUUAAUCAAAUGUCUUGCCCCAACUUAUAUGGGAGAAUUCUCAUUAGCUGGUAAAGGGUUACGUGAUAAGGGUAUGAAUCGUAUUGGAAACUUAUUGGUGCCCAAUGAUAACUAUUGUAAGUUUGAAGAAUGGAUUGUACCAAUUUUGGAUCAAUGCUUAGAAGAACAAGAAGCUUCUAUUAAGAAAUUAGGAGUCGAAGCUCUUAAUUAUGAUUCAGCAGCCAUUUGGACUCCAUCUAAAUUGAUUGACCGAUUAGGUAAGGAGAUUAACGACGAAACUUCUGUUCUUUAUUGGUGUCACAAGAAUCAAAUUCCUGUGUUUUCUCCUGCUUUAACUGAUGGUUCUAUCGGUGAUAUGCUCUUUUUCCAUACUUUUAAGGCAUCUCCUCAACAAUUGAGACUCGACAUUGUUGCAGACAUCAGAAAGAUCAAUUCCAUGUCAAUGGAAGCUUCUCAUGCUGGUAUGAUCAUUCUUGGAGGUGGACUUAUCAAGCAUCAUAUUUGUAAUGCUUGUUUAAUGAGAAAUGGUGCUGAUUUCGCAGUGUAUAUUAACACCGGACAAGAAUUCGAUGGUUCAGAUGCCGGAGCAAGAACUGAUGAAGCUGUUUCUUGGGGUAAGAUUAAAGCUGAUGCCCAACAAGUUAAAGUUUAUGCUGAUGUUAGUGUUGUGUUCCCAUUAAUUGUGGCUGCCACUUUUGCUUCAUCUCGUCCGUAA